AUGAGAUCUCAUGUCGCCGUCUAUCGCGCGCCAGACAACGGGAACAUCCUCGCUGGACCAUUUGCUAGAUACCAUCAGCAUCAGCACCAGCAACAGCACUUGCACUGGGCCUCAACGCCGCCGGUUCCUCCCCCCACUUCAGCCGCCACCGCCGCCUGCUACAAUCAACUACAGCGUCAGCGCCUGCAUCAUGGACCACACGUUCGCUGGACACCUGCUCAGGCGCAGACUCCACUCCCUCCAUCCCCUCAGCCAGCCGGCUACGGCAUUGGUCUGUCCAUACCGCCUGUGGUUAAUCAGCAGCGCAUCAACGAGUGCGCAGGAAUCCCACUUAUCUCGAACGCCUCCAGCCACUUGUCGCCGGGCCAGCGUCAGCGUUUGCUAAGGAAGACGGCUCCCAAGACGCCACCAUGGCCUCCGACGGGGGUACACACCAUGUCCCAGCUGGCGGCCCACGCCCAGGGAAUGCCGCUCCUCCAGCAGAACGGCAAGCAGAAUCUGCCACAACACCACCAGCCGCAACAGCAACAGCAGCACCAUCCCCCGUCGUGGAGUGCCUACCAGCCAAUGCCCCCAACUAGCCAAAGUUUCAAGCUGGCGGAUAAAUCUCGGGCCCUACGAUACCAGAACUCUGCUCCGCCCAUGCUCCAAAGCCAGGAAAAGCAGACGCUGGCUGGCAGUGCCACUAGCGGCCAGGAUGCCACACCGACGCCGGAGAGCUGCCUGCCACGAAUCAUCAAGCCGCGCAAGCGCCGCAAGAAGGAUCGAAAGCCCGGCAACGGAGUCUUACUCAAGAUAGAACCGGAUAUGCAGAUGAAGGCGUCCGUCCAGGGAGAGGAGCAUCCAUACCACCAUCUACUGCCUCUGGGCGGUGGGGGCGGAGUCCUGCAGCAUGAUCACACGCACGGCGUUUGCUUCUGCAGGGACUGCGAUCCGCUGCGAUCCCUGUGGGACUAUCAGGCACAGACCCUGCAUCGCUCGCUCUCCGAUGCCUCGUCCAGCGAGCCGGGCGGUGGCAGUCGGGAGUCCUCUUCCUCCACCUCGUCCACGCACUCGUCGGACAGCUCCUGCGAUAGCUCCAUAUGCUCCCAGAGCCUGCCACAGGCCUGCAACGCUCCCACUCUGCCGGAGGAAACCGUCGAGGAGUUUGCCCCCAUAACCGGGGACAGCAGUCGCGCGGAGAUUGUGGGAGUCAUUGGAUCGCAGCGCAGCCACCAAGUGGGUCAUGCCCAUGAGGGCGUUAUCGCGACGCCCUCGCAGUGCAGUCUCAGCGAUGACUCGGGCUACGGCGAUAUCUUGAGUGGGAUUAACAUAGCCAACGAUCUCUUUGGCAACUUUGGCUUCAAAGGCAGGGCAUCAUCGGAAUCAUCCUACUCCUCCGCCUGCGCCCAGGCGGAGACGUUGCUCGACGAGAGCAUCAACGAGAUAUCGAGGAAGCUCAUCGAGACGUGCAGCAGCAGUGCGUCAGCGUCGGGCGGAGAUCGGCACGGAUCGGUAUUGGGAUCGGGAGCCAGUGACAGUGGCUUGGAUAGUGCUGGCAGCUACAGUCGAGACUCUGGCCUCGUCUUUAGCUUUGAGCAUUUGAAUCUGAAUCUGAACCUGACGGAUGCGACGCCCACAUCUUUGGAUUUUCUUGUGGAUUGCAACAACAACAACAGCUGCGACAGCAACCAAAAGAGCAACAAUAGCAUCAGCAUGAGCAUCGACAAGGGAGGAGCAGCGUCACAGCAAUUUUAUAACAAUUGCUUUGGCCUGUUGUGGCAGCAGCAGCAGCAUGGUGGAGGUGGAGGCGGACACGAUGACAGCCAAGUGGCAGCUGCCAAACCAAGCCAAAACCAAAACCAAGACCGAGACAGCCGCCGCGACACACCCACAAGCAGGCGGCUGAUACUGGGAACGUUGCACGGUAAAUUGAAGCCAGCAUUUUCCACCAUCUCGUGACGACGACAAUGAAAAACUAAUCAAAAAUCCAAAGCGACAAUCCCCUGGAAUAUAUAUAAUAACUGAAGGAAGGGAGGAGUCGCCGCCGUCGCCGUCGCCUUGCCCUUAAAAGGCAGGCGUUCGAAAGUCGUUCAUUUUGAAUGAGACAGGGAGAGAGAUUGAUCCGCGCAGACGCAGCUGUGUGGCGGACGAUGCGUGGGUGCACGGAAAGAAAAUGUAUAUUCAAAAAAUGUCCAAUUUCUACCAAAACAUCAAUUGCAUAACCUCCUAAACGAAAGAGCCGAGAAAGAAGAAAAGCUAUUAAAUUCGUUCAAGGCAUAUUCGUAUGUGGAGACGAUCAUCACAUCAUCAUCACGAUCAUCGGGCGACGAUGAAGAAAGCAAAAACAAAAGGCCAACCAAGUUGUACAAACCCCAAACCCCGAUGGAAAUCGUACGAAACGGAACAGAAAGACAGGCCGCCGCAGCCGACGCCGCCGGGACUUGGGAGACUGGAUGGAAACCUUGUACAUACAACACUUUAGCUUCAAAACUUUCACUUUCACUGCCUGCGACGCAGCGUCGAUUUGUAUUUUUAAGACAGUGUUUUUUUUGUUGUUUCUUUUUCUUUUUGCCAAAGACCACAAGUGGAUGACGGGGAGCGGCAGCGGGUUGCGGGUGGAGGGAACGAUGUGAGAGAGAGAGACUUGGGUUCGCGAGACUCUUAUGCAGAUUUUGUGGCGCAAAAAGAAGAAGAAACUUUGUAGAAAUCGGAUAGAGAUUGAACUACGAAUUGAACCUAUAAUAUACUACUAUACCUGUACUAUAUCUACAGAUCUACCGAGUAUAUCUAGCUAUAUCUACAGAUCUACAACCAUAAUUAGAGGUAUAUCUAGACAUACCUAUAUAUAUCUACAUUAUAUACAUAUACUUAAUUGCUGUUGUUAUUUGUGCAUUAACGUUAAACCCAGGAGUUUUGUAUAGAUUUGUACGGGGUGUGUGUUUAUGGGUUACUUUUAGCUGGUAGCUGUAGGACAUUAUCGAGCUUAAGCCAACGUUCCUACAUAAUAAUAUUGUUUUAUCUUCGACUCCUUGGGUUCUAUUUAAUAUUAUUUUUAGGGUAUAAUCGUGUCGAAGCGCUACAACGUGAACUUUUCUUAGUUUUGUAAGUCCCUAAGUUAUCCUUAAACACAAAAGGAAGGAUCUCUGUGAGGGUUAUAUAAGUCUAUUGGUUAGUAAAUCUAUCAUAUGCAUGGAAUUUCGAAAUGCAAGCACACUUGUGAGUUGGUGCAGGAUCAGAUCCUCAGAUUUGAAUGGAAAGUGGUAUUCGAAGGUUUCAUUCGAAGAUGGUUCGGGGUAAGGGAUAGUCCAGUCGAUCUAGAUACCUUAACUUAAUGUAAUUUCAAUGUUCUCUUUAGCAUUUCCCUGAUUCAGUGAGUUUAUUGGGGCAAAAUAAUGUAUUUCAUUAUUAAAUCAUUUUAUUCGUUAAAUUCUAUAACAGUUAGUAUCAUAAAAUUAUCAGAUUCGUGAUACUUUAUUCAAAUGAACUUCUAAUUAGAAAACCCAGCUUCAAAUCCCUCUGUAGAAGUCUUGGAACAUCUCAGAGACUACUGUCAACGCUAGCACCAAGCUUGUAGCUCGACAAGAUCGAUUCUUGAAGUACCAUUCAUUCUUUUCAUUUCAAAUAAAGACUCAUAAUUUUGGAAUUGUAACAAAUUAGAUGUGUUGUAGAUGAGAUCUUCCUCCGUGGCAGUGGAGAUCUGGUGCAACAAUUAAUUCCGAUUGUGAAGAUCGCCAAAGCAUAAAAUCUAAAUCUGAAAAUCGAGAGCAGCCCUAGUUACCUGCUUUGUUUGUUGGCGAGUAAAAGUUUUCGCCUGUUAUAUUUUUUUUCUCUCUUUUUAAUUAAAAGAAACUCACGAACGCGGGCGCGCAAGCGCACUGAAAUUGCUUGGAAGUUUUCCGCUCUACUCGACUCUGCCUCUGACUCUGACUCCGGCUUCGACUUUGGCUUCGAGUCUUCGUCUCAGCCUCAGCAUCAGCUUCAGAGCUGCUGGAAAAUGUCACAGAUUUUCCAUUGGCAAGUUCCGGCAGACAGGCACAGACAGACAGCGACUUGUGUUACCAUUCCCCAGAUAGAAAUUACCACUCGAAGCUAAUUUAUUUAAUUAUUAUUUUCACUAGUUUGUAUUGUAUUAUCUAUCGUAUUGUAGUGUUUGUUUGUUCGUAAGCAUCGUUUUUGCACAAAUAACAAUAUAGUUUACACAGUAACCUCCCCCUCUAUUAUAACCACAACGAUCCCAGCCCCACAGUUGUAUCCCGCCCCCAUACAAAAACACACAAAAAAAACCCUAUUUAUUUUGAUUAAGUUCGAACUCGAGAACUCAAUAAAAAGUGUAAACAGAAAUGUCAAACAAAAA